ACGUGGAGGCGGCGACCGCGGGAGGCAGUUCUUGGCGGCGCAGCCCCGCGGCAGCUCGCUCGAACUGGGCGGGGGGCGAGCGGAAACCCGCCUCUAAUCGCCCGGCAGCCGGGAGAAACCCCAGCCCGUGUGGGGGGAGAUGCUCGUAACCCUUCCCAAUAACAACAGCAACAGCAGCCGCCGCCGCCCUAAUUAACAAUAAGCCCAUACCCAGUCACCCCCGGCAAGCACUUUCCCAUGCACGCUGACCUGACGCUGGCAGCUAAUUAGCCUGCAACCGACAGUUUCUCCUGCGGUGCUAAAGUGCAGGUCGCUUAAGCCAUGGGGAAUGGGAUGAACAAGAUUCUGCCUGGCUUGUUCAUUGGCAACUUUAAAGAUGCCCGAGAUGUAGAGCAAUUGAGUAAGAAUAACAUUACGCACAUUCUUUCAAUCCAUGACAGUGCCCGCCCUAUGCUUGAGGGAGUGAAGUAUCUGUGCAUUCCUGCUGCUGACUCGCCCUCGCAGAACUUGGCAAGGCAUUUCAGAGAGAGCAUCAAAUUUAUCCAUGAAUGCCGGCUUACAGGUGAAGGCUGUCUAGUUCACUGCCUUGCAGGUGUCUCCAGGAGUGUAACGUUGGUUGUUGCCUACAUCAUGACCAUCACAGACUUUGGCUGGGAAGAUGCACUGUCUGUUGUCCGAGCAGCAAGAUCCUGUGCCAAUCCUAACAUGGGCUUCCAGAGGCAGCUGCAGGAGUUUGAAAAACACGAUGUUGAUCAGUUCAGGCAGUGGCUGAAAGAAGAAUACGGAGAAAAUUCUUCUCAGGAUCUGCAAGAAGCCAAAAAUCUUCUGAGCAAAUACAAAGAGCAGGCAGAGUUGCAGCAGACUACUGGGGGAAGACAGUGGAAUAACAACUUCUCAUCUGUGCCAUCCCUCUCAUACAACAACUACACAACAGAGACCUAAUCGUAAAAAGAUGAAUUUCUUUUCUCUUUUACCUGUUGAAAAACAUCUCACCGUAACUUCCAUCCCACCUUCAAGACUCCCAGCAGUAAUCAUGCAAGCAGUUGAUUUGUAGGAAGCUUCUUGAUGACAAUACUACAUUAGAUGUGUGUGUAUGAGUGCAUUUGACACAGUUUUAUAGUUUGGGCAGCAUCAAGCUCUAUGUGUGCUCAGAAACAUGAUCAAGUUACUGAGGCUGAGCCAGUCUGUCAGCCACAGCUAUUAUCCCCUUAUGCCCAUGUAGCCUGGCAUUUGCCAUGAGGUUAGCUCAGCUCCUUUUGUUGUAGGCUAGCAAAGGGCUCUGAGAGAUGAACUGUGGUGAUUAAAGCUGUGGCAGUUUGACAUUUCUGCCCCAUUCAUGAAGAUGUUAUUGUACCUGAAGAAAGGAACUUAAGUCUGUGCCUCUGCUGCUCCAGUUCACCGUCCAUUGACAAGUAAUAACCUGGAGAUGGGCUUGUACCUGAAUGCUAUGCUCUAAACUGGAGCGGGUGAGAUAUGGGUACAUGUCCCUUUCUACCAACAGCAGCAUCUAGGGGAGAAGUGGUACAGACAGCUCUGAGUAAUAACAUCUUCAACUGCCACAGUUGUACUUGCUUCAGUGCACGUGAGACAGAGCUGUUGGUAGAACUGGCGCAGACGGAGAGCACCGAGACUGUUAGCACAGCUCAGCUGAUGUGCACUGAUUUAGGUCCUGGCCACUUGAUUGUGCGUCUGGUCUCCCAACAUAAACUUCUCUGGAGAGAAGUUUUUCAGGUUUCCAGUGCCACUGAACUGCAUUCCCUGUGGAACGCGUGCCUCUUCAACUCAUGCCCGUGUGCCCAUGAUAACAUGUGUCCAAAGAGUGGGCUGGGUGUGAGUGUGAGCACCUGUUUCUUUGCUUGUGCUGUGGUUUGCUCUUUGACUUUAGCUACCUCAAAAAUGCUGUUCUUGUCAUUGUGGUUGUAAAUGCAACCUUGAAAAUUGCCUUGUGUAAUCUUAAUUUCACUCUGAGUGAAGUGUGUGUGUGUGAGAGGGUAUGUGUGUGUGUGUAUGUUUCACUAAUGUCUGUAUUUAAGAAGUUUAUUGUUUUCUUUUAAAACUGCCCAUAUUUCUCACCAGUUUAAAAAUUCAGAUGUUUGAAUUUAACUUUCUACCAUUUUAAAACCACUGUAUGUUUUGCUGUGGUCAGAUUUAUAGGAAUUCAUUUGUAAAAUAUAUUUUAAACUAGGUUAAAACUAGGGGAUGUACUCUGCUCUUGGUAACAUGGUGUAUAUCUGGAAUGGAGCCAUUAAGUGACUUAAAUGUUUUAUGUUUCUAAGACUGUAACUUCAAAUUAGAGAUGCUGGGCAGUGUAUUGAUUUCUGAUGGUGUAAUGGAGAGUAGCAUUGAUGCCACAGUCUUGGUUUCUUGUCUUUGACUUGGAGGAUGAAGGGUCUAUUUUUCUUGAAGAUUCAAAAAAAAAUUUCCCAGCCAUGUUAAUAAAUAAAUAAACCAAACUUUUUAAAAUAUGUGGUGUAUAUAGUGCUAAAAACUGAGUAUUGAGAGUGAGAGGCAGUCAGCACACUAAAUAGACUGUUGUCAUCUCUUUCAAUACCUUUGGUACUCUGACCUCCCACCCUUUUACCAAAUUCUUCUUCAUGUGAUUUUUUCCUGCUUGCUUUGAAUGACAGUGAAUACUUUGAAUGAGAGUGUGGCUUUUUGGGUCAAAUAAGCCCUAGCCUUGUUAAAAAUCUUCUAAAACAUUUUAUAUCAUGUGAAAUAUGGAUCUUACAAAUCUAUUAUUGCCAAAAGGGAAAAAAAAGGGGGGGGGGGAUGGGAUGGAACUAGCUUUACUACUUUAUCUGAGUCCCAGCUCCAUCAUAAUUCUCAUUGCAGUAAGUGCUUUAAGUGUAUUGAACACAGUUGAGAGCAGGAUAAUUAUAUACAGUAUGUGCUGCAGUAAAGGAUACUAUUGGACUUGGGAAAGGUGCUGGAAGUUGCAUUGUGUUUGUUCCCAAGCUUAUAGCUGAAUGAAUCACUGCCUAUUUGGGAUAUCCAGCAGAUGUGCUCUGUGUUUUUUUGGUAAGAGAAGUAUUUGGCUUUUUUUCCUUCCUCUCUCUCUCUCUUUUUUUUUUUUUUUUUUUUCCCCCAUCCUCUCUUGAAGAUGUUGGUCUGCAAAUAAGUGGCCCUUUAGGAGUUUCAGCACACCAGUGCCCAGAUUGGCAGUGCCCUCUGUGUUUUGAGCAGAGGGUCACCAGCUUUUGUGGACAUGGUAGAGAAUAUUUUCUUUGGUAACAGGGUCUGACACAUGGAUUCAGGAUCCUGUGUCAUCAAGUUCAGGAUAUUGGUCUCUUUGUUCAACUCUGUCCUCAUAAUAGGAUACAUGGUGUAAUUUCAGCCCAUGCCCAAAAGGUAGCUGCUAGAAGUAUUCUGCCAAUGGUCAUGUAGGUAUCCAGUCAGGCCAUCCUGUCGCUGACUGCUGAUGGUGGUAGGUAGUCCGUAACAUUUUUGUCAGUCCUCUUCUGUCCUUGCAGUAGUAAUGUUGUGAGUGCUGAUAAAUUUGCAAUUACUUUUUUCCAUUUUGAGAAAUGCAAGACAGAAUGGGAGACAUCUGUUAAUGUUCAUGUGUCUAGGAUUGUUCUCUACUGGAUUUUUUCUUUUAAUAGUUAGAUAAUCCCCAAAGAGUCAUUCCCAGAAAUGGGCUUUAAGGCUAUACAGCCACCUCAACAAUGUGCAUUAUGCUGCAACUGGAGAGCAGAUACAGGGUAAACCAGGAAGACAGAGAGGUGCCAUAUUGUCAGCAAGUAGAAGUGCUUCUCUCUCUCUUUUAAAAGACAAGAGAAGGUAUUUUCUGUAGUCACUUGCUCCUAGAUCUUGUUUAGGGGGAUAUAUAUAGUAUAUACCACCUUUGAGAGUGGAAAAAGAGCAACAGCAGUCUAAGAAAACUUGCAUCUGGUUUGCCUAUGUAGGGAGCAGGAAAGUAGAGUUUAUUCCCUUAGCACCUUAAGCUGCAGAAGAAACAGCAGCUACAGUUCUCACCUUGGUCUCCUAGAAAAGGAGAGGAGCUAACAUUGCCCAAGAACAUGACAUGAUCUGUCUUCCAACCAGCCUUUCAUUGGCAGUUUGUAGGACUUUAUAGCUAUCUGGAAUAUGACUAGACCCCAGUCCACAUUUUAGUAGUUGGCCUAUAUAGUGUAGAUGAUGUGUUCAGUUAUUUUGUGUUUCUGUACUUCAAAACAUUGUCUUCAUUUUGAUGUCCACUGGAAAAUGUAUAAAGUUUAUAAUACCUUAUUGGAUAUCCAUAUUUGAAAAGUAUAAUCAAUCUUUUGUAAACUUGAUAUCCAUGUCUGAUUAUAAGCAAAUGCUUUAGUGUUAUACUAUGUAGGUAAUGGGUAAAUGGAUUAGUAUUUAUUACCCUGAUUUUUAACCUGGAAAGAGUUGCUUCCUUACAAUUUGUGGUUGAUUGGGAAGAUAUGGUAAAUCAUAUCUCUGUUUUUUUUUUUUUUUUAAAGACAGUAAUAACCUUGGUUGCUAUAAUGGUCACUGUCUAUAAAAGUCGGUGAAAAAUUAUAGUAAUUACUUCAGCUAGUUUAGAAACUAAAUCUGGUAAGCUUCUUGAUUCUCUGUCUUCCUCUUCCUGGGCAUCUUAGUGAAGCCUUGAUUGCUUUUUCCAAAUGUUUGUAUUUAAUACAUUCUACAAUUUUUUAUAAAUAAAAAUAAAUGUUAGCA